AUGGCGACGACUCCACCAACGGUUCCCGAACCCGAGCAGCCGACUCCCACCUCUCCGACUGUCGCUACAACCUCUGCGGUUCUUUUGACGUCCGCGUCUGAAUCGAGUGACGAUGGUAUCCGCUUGAGUCCUGCCGCUGCUCGUCGGUUUGCUCGUCGCAACCUCCGUCGUACAUCACCAACUCCCGAUCUUGUCACAAGCCUCGUUCGACCGCCGUCGCCUGAUGCAAUUUAUUUUGGGGCCCAAGUCGCCCAGCAGGCUCGGCAGGAUAUCAGGAAUAGGCUUGAUGUCUCAUCUGCUUCGGGCUUGUUGAUACCAAAUGUCAACUCGGAUCGCCGUUCCGGGCCCUUGCUGCCGCCCCAUCCUUCUUCCCUCGGCAUCCCCAAGCGAUAUGGUGGAAACGGCAUCUUCGACAUGUACUCCCUGGCAUAUGUCACCGAACCGGACCCCAACCUUCUCUGUCCCAUCUGUCACGAUCCGCUUGUCGACCCCGUGACGACUCCUUGCGACCACACGUUUUGCUAUCUCUGUUUGCGCCAGAGCAUUGACUCAAGUCCGUCUGGCACCGCCUGUCCCAUCGACCGAGAGCCGCUAGCAUGGCCAAACUGCUUUAGUGCACCACGACUUGUGCGCACACAGCUUAACAAUCUCAAAGUCAAGUGCCCAUACCAUGCGAGAGGAUGCAAGUCAGAGGUUCGCCGGGAGGUGGUCGAGAUCCAUGCCACCACAGAGUGUCGGUUCAAGGACUUUACUUGUCCCGGCACCGACUGUGACAAGAGGCUGCGAUCAAAGCCAACAGAUGAUGUCUGCCCUCAUCACGAGACCAAGUGUUCCCACUGCAAGACCUCAUUUGAGACGACCGAUCGGGACUUGCAUCUUCUAGCAUGCCCCAUGAGCAAGACCCGCUGCGAGGGCUGUUGGAAGCUUGUCUAUCGGAGUCAGAUGGAGACACAUCGCGAUCUGGAGUGCGAAGGUGUUGUUGUUAACUGUCCCUAUGAUGAGCUAGGCUGCCCUGCAAGGGCUCUGCGUGGACAGAUGGACAUUCACACCUUGGGUUGCGCAUUUCACCCCGACACUCCAUCCGGCAUGAUAAUCCGAUCUCAGCGGGAACUUAUCCAGUCUUACGGUGACCUCGGACAACAGAUCCAACAAUUAAAUUCCCGCCAGGACGAAACAAGCCGGCGGCUCAACGAGAUCAACUCAUCCCUCAGCCGCCGAGGCACAGAUGACUCCGUAGUAGGAGACAACCGCACUAUCCAGGACCUGGAUGCUGGCUUCGAAGAAGUCCACCAGAAUUUGACCCAUCUCGAGGCCCGGCAAAGUAUGUGGACAAUCAACCAAAUCAUGCCUAUCCGCGAGGAGGUGACUGAACUACGAAAUAAUAUUAACAUGAUCCGAAUGCAUGUUAACUGGCUCCUGAACCGGAGUCGAGAGGAAGGUCGCAUUAGAGCCGCCAACAACUCUGGGUCAGCAUCAACCAUACAGCGAGACAGGUCAAUGGAAGGCCCCCCUACCCGCCGCUACAGCCUAUCCAACACGCUAGGCUCCAGCGCCACACACAGGGGACCAGUCACUGAACUACAGCGCGUGCAGCCUCACCGCCCCGCGUUGGGUGCUGUUCAGAUCCGUGCUAGACGCCUGGCCAAGCUGGGAACUUCGACUCCUGCUUCAACCAAGUCGGACGAGAACAAGGCUCCAGACUCCGAAUCGUCGAACCCGUCACGCACGUCGACGCCGAAGCCGCAGACCACCUCGACCGACUCACCACGAUCCAAGAUCAACAUCACCCCCUCCGCGCCUUCCUCGAGCUCCGCCGCGAACCCCUUCACCAAGCUAGUGGCCAGGACUGAGAACCAGAGCGAGCCGUCAAGCUCAACAGGUAGCUUCCGUGUGAAUCGUAAGAGACAGGCUUCUGAGAUUGACGACGCUGUUCCAGCGGGCCGACCCUCUCCACGCCCUUCCAACUCUCAACCCGAGUCCGACGAGGCCUAUGCCGACCGAGUCCUGUCCCAGAUCUUUCGCAUCACUGUGGACCCGCACAACAUGUCCAGUCACGGACACAGGCUGGUGUUCCUCCCAAACCUGAACCAGGAGCUCAACGACUCUGGAGAGCCCUUGAAGCUUUCAGCCGCUUCUUUGGAUCAAGCGCUCAUGGAGGCGGCUGGAGCAUGGCCUCAGGAUAAGCCCCUCAUGAACUACUUCUUGCCUUGCUGGAAGCGGGCUGUGAAAGCAGCUACUCAAUUCAAGGCCACAGAGGGACCCCGGUUCGAGGUGCAUAGCGAAGCAAAACGGCUGUGCAUGAGCAACUGCCUGUUCGCUUUGACUAUGCCGGAUCUAUACGGACGUGACCCAGACCCAAGGCAUGACACACUUGUGCCGUACCUUCUGAAGGGUGUUCUGGACGACAAUGGCCUAUGCUUUAACUUCAUCCAGGAAGCUAUUAAGCGGUUUGACGACGAUGACGCCAUCCCCGCCCUGUUCAACGAUGCCAUGGUUCAGAUCUCAAGUAAACUGGGAGCCUUGUCCAUGAAUAGCGAUUACAAGCCAUACGUCCAGGCGAUGCUUACAUAUGCGCGAUUCCCACGUCUCAUCGUUAACUUGGCCAAACACCCUUGCUUUAACAUGGCACAGAGCGCCCCUGGUAUCGAGAAGCACACUCUUCUCGGCCCCUUUUUCCGCCUCUCACCUCUCCAGGGCGAGGCUGUGAAGAGCUACUUCCCUGAUCCCCGGGCCAUUGAGAAGAACAAGAUCAGUCUCGCACAAGAUGCCCUCCGCAUGGUGUUGCGAGCACACCAGGAUGAUCUCUUUGUGAUUACAAACGCCUUCAUCCGAGCGGGCGCUGAUACUCGAUCUCGGACAUUGGACUGGUUUGCUUACAUCAUGAAUACAAACCACAAGAGGAGGGGCAUGCGGGUUGAUCCUAGGGAGGUUGCCUCAGAUGGAUUCAUGAUCAACGUGACAACGAUUCUGGACCGAUUCUGCGAACCUUUCAUGGAUAACGACUUCAGCAAGGUGGACAAGAUUGACGACGACUACUUCAGAAAACAGCCGCGAGUGGACAUCAAGGAUGAGACAAAGAUCAAUGCCGACCAAGCCCACUCGGACAACUUCUACGCUAACAAGGUGCCUGGCGAGGCCAACUUUAUCUCGGAGGCCUUCUUUCUCACUCUUGCGGCACAUCACUAUGGAAGCGAAGCCUGCAACUCACAGCUCAAGGGCCUAGAUCGGGACCUCCGGUAUUUUGAGGGUCGCAUCGAAGCGAUGGAGGCGGAGCGUCCCAGGAUGGCCAACGUUCCUGAUCAGGCGCAGCGGCUAGAGGCAGCCAUUGCAGCCCACGUAAGGACGCUGGAGAAUGCUAUCAGCAAGAAAUAUGCUAUCGAGGGUGUGCUGCUUGACGAGCGGAUGCAGAGUACGUCUUUGCGUUUCAUGCGAUAUGUGGCCGUCUGGUUGCUGCGUCUGGUGACUCGAUCCAAGUACAAGCCUGGUUUGGAAUCGUCAGAGAUUAAGCUUCCUCUUCCUGCUGAGCAAUCAGAUGUGUUUUCAUGCUUGCCGGAAUACACUCUCCAGAACAUCGUGGACAAUUUCACUUUCCUCUUCAAAUGGAUUCCCAAGAUUCUUCCUAGCGCGAUUGGAGAUGAGAUGAUUGCGCUCUGCGUGACAUUCCUUCGUUCAACUGAGUACAUCAAGAACCCCUACUUGAAGUCGUCAUUGGUUUCUUUGCUCUUCUCAUCCACCUGGCCCCUGAUGCACCUGAAGCGUGGUGUGCUCGGUGACCAGCUUGUUGGCAGCAAGUUCGCCAAUGAGCACCUUUUGCGAGGAUUGAUGAGGUUCUAUAUCGAGUGCGAGUCAACAGGCGCCGACUCUGCCUUUUACGACAAGUUCAACAUCCGAUAUGAGAUCUUCCAGGUGAUCAAGUGUGUUUGGGUGAAUGACCACUACAAGCGCCAGUUGGCACAGGAGAGCAAGGUCAACAAGCAGUUCUUUGUUCAGUUCGUUCACAUGUUGUUGAAUGAUGCCAUUUACGUCCUGGAUGAAGCUCUCACAAAGCUCACUAAAAUCAGGAGCCUCGAGAGGGAACUUGAGGACCGGUUCCUUCCCCCAGAGGAUCGCCAGAAGAAGGACGAGGAGCUCCAGCAACUUGCUAACACGGCCAAGUCGUUUAUGCAACUGUCCAACGAGACGCUCGAGAUGAUGAAGCUCUUCACCGAGGCUAUGGGUGAAGCCUUUACCAUGCCUGAGAUCGUGUCCCGUUUGGCAGGCAUGCUCAACUACAACCUCGAAACGCUUGCUGGUAAGAAGGCGGCUGCCGAGCUCAGCGUCUCCAACAAGGAGAAGUACCACUUCCGUCCUGUCCAGAUCAUCUCGGACAUUGUUGAUAUCUACCUCAACUUGGAAGAUUCGAGCGUCUUCAUCGACGCUGUUGCUGCCGACGGACGCUCCUACAACCCUGAGGUGCUCAACCGCGUCAGCCAGAUCCUGACAUCCAAGCACCAGAAGGAUCGGGCCGAGAUUGCCCGCUGGGACAAGCUCAAGCUCAAGUUUAUCGACGCCAAGCUCCAGCUCGACCAGGCCGAUCUGGACCUAGGAGAGAUCCCGGCCGAUUUCGAGGACCCCAUCAUGGGCGACCUCAUGACGGACCCUGUGCUGCUGCCCAGCAGGCACAUCGUGGACCGUUCCACCAUUGUGCAGCACCUGCUGAGUGAUCGCAAGGACCCCUUCACUAGGCAGCCCAUGACCAUUGAGGAUGCCAUCCCGCAGCCAGAGCUGAAGGAAAAGAUUUUGCAGUGGCGCGAUGAGAAGAUAAAGGCGGCUAGGGAGAAGAUGAAGAGCGAGGCUAUGGACACUACUGAGGGUUAG